AUGGUUACUUCUCCUCUGCUCUCCACAAGCCAACGGCUACUUCUCUUCCGCACCGAAAUAUGGCGCCUUCCCCGGCGCAGGCGACCGUUGGAUCGAGAUCUACACGAAGGCGCCUCCGCCUCUCCCACCACCUCUCCGCCUCCGCAAGACGGCGUCCAGUGGGCUGAGGCCGCCUCCUCGUCCGCCCUCCGCCAGUACCAUGCCCUCCCCAAGAAGGGCAAGCCACAGGGGCGCGCGUCCACCGUCCUCGCCGCCUUCCUACUCUCCUCCCCGGAGAACCCACUCAACCCCACUGUCCUCUCCCUCACCACCGGCACCAAAUGCCUCGGCGCAGCACGCCUCGGACCUCGCGGUGACCUUGUCCAUGACGCCCAUGCCGAGGUCAUCGCCCGCUGCGCGCUCCUCCGCCUCAUCUAUGCCGAGAUCGGUACGGACAACCCACCAAGUUGGCUGGUCGGCUCUGGCACUGAUGGGUGGUGGAGGCUUAAGGACGGGCAUCAGCUGCAUCUCUACAUCACCCAGAUCCCCUGUGGGGUCAUGCCAGUGCCGCCGUCACCCUUGGAGGUUCGAAGGGAACAACUGGAUACCAUGGUCAAUGGAUGCAAUGAUUUGUCGAACUGUCUGAAUUGGACCAUGUUGUUGUGGAUGGAAGAAGUGGCCGCUGACUUGCUGCUCCUGCUGGACUGA